GGUAACGAUUGGAACAACCGAGGAAAAGUCCGCUCUCCCCGUCGCUCUCUCGUGGUCAGUUCUCACGGGUGUGUCGUCAACUUCGAAUAUGGCUUGCGAUAAGAAAUGGCUCCCCCUCGAAUCCAACCCCGAUGUUAUGAACAAGUUUCUAAGCAACGUAGGUGUUCCGGAAGAGUGGACGAUGAUCGAUGUCAUUGACUUGGAUGACGAACACUUGGAAAAUCUUCCGAAAAAAGUCAAAGCAGUUCUUCUUCUCUUUCCAACAGGAGAACAACAUGAUGAAUACUGUCAAAGGGAGCAAGAAACUAUCGACGCUGAAGGCCAAGUGGUCAGCGACAGAGUCUAUUUCAUGAAGCUGGACGCCAACAAUGCCAGUGGAACAGUUUCCAUCAUUCACGCUAUCGCUAAUGCCGAAGAUGAAGUGGAGCUUGAUGACGGAUCAUCUUUGAAAGAAUUCUUAGAACGCACCAAAGAAAUGUCCCCAGAAGAAAGGGGACGACUGGAGAUGGACGAGGCAUUAUGCUGUGUGCAUGAAUCCCUCGCUAAAGAAGGACAGACCGAGGCACCAGAAGGAGACGAGAGCACGAACCUCCAUUUCAUAACCUUCGUUGCGGUUGAUGAACAACUGUAUGAGCUUGAUGGUCGUAAAAUUUAUCCAGUUAAUCAUGGAUCAACGAGUGCAGAAACACUUCUGAAGGAUGCUGUGGGCGUGUGUAAAAUGUUUAUGGAGAGAGAUCCUGAGAAUGUUAACUUCUCAAUAAUGGCAUUAGUAGGCGGAGGUUCUGCCGAAACAGAAGAAGAAGAUGUAGAAGAAUAAGAUGCAUCUCCAUCACGCUUAAUAUUGUGCACUGCGAAUUUAGGAUUUUUCAAGACACAAAACAACCAGAAGUAGUUAAAUAAAAUUGGCAACUUUUCCUGCCAGUGCUGUGCCUCAAAAUGUCAAUGCUGAAAACUAGUCCUGCAUUUCUGUCACCGUGGCCAUUUUCUAGCUUACUGGAUCUAUAACAAUAGAAUGAACGCUUAACAGCUGUUACUCACUUUUUAAAAAACGUUUAUACUACAUUUGUGUUAAUCGCAAAUUGUAAGCAUGUGAAUAAAUGUUUGACUAAUGUUAUUCUAGA